ACAAAAAGUUUUAAAUAGAUCUCUUGAUGUGACCUCGAAUAGUGGGAGAUGGUAUGUGAGAUAUCAUAACCUUGCUUGUGACCCCUGAUCGUAAACAAAGGAGCCAGCACUGGUGUUAGGCAUAUUGAGGUCAAGUUCAGGUGAACACGUGUGUUAGUGUAAACAUAUGUGCGUCGUCGAGUCAGCGACAACAUUCAACAUGGCUGGCUCAGUUGUUACUUUUCUAAAAAGUGUAUGGGCCAUCCGUAGUAUUGUCUUUAUUUUCAUUGCUUUCCUGGCGCCUAUAGGAUUCCUCUUCAAUGGGUCUCUGGAGUCAAGAUGUGCUUACGUCAUGGUUUCCAUGGCGAUCCUGUGGUUGACGGAGGCGUUACCUAUCACUGCCACAGCCAUGAUGCCGAUGUUUCUCCUGCCCUUACUGACUGUCCAGCCCGGAAAGGUGGUCUGUGGAAACUACUUUAAUGACACCAGUAUGCUGUUUCUAGGGGGACUGCUUAUUGGCGUUGCUAUGGAGGAGGUCAACAUUCACAGACGUAUUGCAAUGGGGAUAACAAUGAAGUUAGGAUCACGUUCCAACACGUUGAUGUUUGGUCUUAUGCUCCCUACGUGGGUCCUGUCUAUGUGGAUCAGUAAUACAGCGGCGACCGCCAUGAUGCUUCCCAUUCUGACUGCCGUAUCGGAACAAACAGCCGCACAUAUGUCGCUGAAGGAGAACCAGAGACUCAGUAAGGGAUUGACGCUCAGCGUUGCAUAUGCAGCCAAUGUAGGCGGUAUUGCCACUCUAACUGGAACCCCGCCGAAUCUGGUGCUUCAUGGCCAAGCAGAGAAACAGUUUCAGAAGGUUGGAGCUGCAGACUCCGGAAUAACGUACGCCAACUGGAUGGCGUUUGCGUUUCCUUUGUCACUCAUCAUGUUGUUCCUCACAUGGUUCUGGCUCCAGAUCGUCUUCCUGAGAUGUGGUUGCUGCAAAUCAGUUGAUGAAGGCAGAAAAAAUGCUAUAGAAUCUGCUGUCCGACAGGAAUAUAAGAAACUAGGAGCUAUUAGGUUCGGAGAGGUGGUCGUAUUAGUAUUGCUGUCUAUACUGGCGUUGCUGUGGGUGUUCCGGGACCUGCCAGAUGUUGGUGGGUGGGGCAACGGGUUCUUAGAUGCUGACGGGAAGAGUACGGUGCGUGAUUCCACUGCCGCCAUCUUGGUAGCAACACUGCUCUUUGUGUUGCCUUCAGAGGUACCCAAAAUAUUCUGUUGGAGCCGUUACUCGGUUGCAGAUGUACAAACCGAGGAAGAGGAACAAAACCGUCCUGCGUACAAACCCAUCCUGACAUGGAAGGUUGCAGAGAAAAAGGUGGCCUGGGGUGUGUUAGUCCUUCUAGGUGGUGGGUUCGCUCUUGGCGACGCCUGUACAAGUUCGGGGCUGUCACGAUUGGUUGGGUGUGAACUCGGCGUAUUAAGAUCUCUUGACCCCUGGGUGAUGAACCUUAUCUUAUGUCUGACGGUGGCGGGCGCUACCGAGAUCACCAGUAACACGGCUACUGCCUCCCUCCUCAUGCCAAUCGUGUUUGAACUGGCCAUCACGACAGGUAUACAUCCCCUCUACCUGAUGAUAUCCACGGCCUUAGCGUGCUCUUUUGCCUUCAUGCUGCCGGUUGCCACACCCCCAAACGCUAUCGUGUUCUCCACGGGAUAUUUGACCAUUCCGGACAUGGCGCUGUCAGGAUGCGUGAUGAAUGUUUUGGCUGUCAUGGUAUUGACUGCCGCUAUAAACACAUGGGGAGCCGCCAUAUUUGAUCUGGGCAGCCUACCCGCCAUUUUCGUCAAUUCCACAAUGUUAUCAUCUUGUCCAGGGACACAGUCGAAUUAUUUGAUCAAUCAGACAUUUGCAAAAUUGACCACCACUGUUUAAAGUAUACUAAGAUUAUACGAUUAUAUACUGUUUAUUAUUAUGUACAUAAAGGUCUAAAACUUCUUCGAUACUUGAUCUCAAAACCCUCCAACCUUGUAACAAAUAACAAGGUAGAUAAUGCAUUUGUGUCAUUCUACACAGAAGUUAACAAGACCAAUUGCUGUUGUGAUUAAGACCAAAACAAAUGGCACAAAUACUAUGCUCGCUCCCGUGGUUUAAUUUGAUUAAGCGUCACAAUUUCCACCGAAAGGAUCCUUGUACCACUGCCAAAAACUUGUCAAAUGAUUUGGAGACGUUUUACCUGCAUCAAAAUAGAACUAAUGAAUCAUUUCUGAAGCCAAAACCAUAUUUGAUAAUACUUAAUUCAUGACCAAAAAAGUCAAAAGAUGAAAUAAAAAAAAGAUCAAAAACAUAUUAUGAGAGUAUAGUUGCGACUCCAGGGUCAGACUGGCAUUCCAACUAUGGACCCUCAAUCACAAGUAUACAGUCCGUGUAACCACCUAAGCUAACUGAUCAAAAGUAGAAAUCUGACACACUACUGUUAUAUC